UAUAAUGGUUAUAUUAGAUUAGAGUGUUUGUUAGAGUAUAUUGUUAAUUAAUUGGUAAGAACGAUGGCUUCCUUGGUUGCAGAUUAUGGAACUUCCUCAAGCUCAGAAAGUAAUAGUGAUGAUAUUUCGGAUGAUGCCGAUAACACGUAAGCUUUCACCAUCACAAACAUGUUUCUCUAUUGUUUGUUUUCUUCUUUUUAUAAUGAUAAUUCCUUUAAAGUCACAGAAAUUUAAACUUUUAAAAUGAAUUAUAAUUACUACAUCUUUAACAUUAUAUUUUGCACAAAGGAAGAGGAAGAAGAAGAUGAUGAAGAAGAAGAAAAUAAUGAAAACAACGAAAUAUGUAAAACAGCUUCCAAAGAAAAACUUCCAUUACCAACUCCAGAUUUUAAUGGCAUACCUACAAUGAAAACUUCAGUCUUCUCAAAUCCAUUUGUUGAAGCAGAAAAAGCAAAAAGUGCAAUUCUUGAAAAACAUGUAAAAAUGACUCCAACUCUUGAUGAUACAAAAAUGAUAAAUGGUAAAAAAAUUUGUUGGAAUUAUAGAAAAGGUAGAUGCCGGUUUGGACAUAAUUGUACUUUUGCACAUGAUUCUGAUUUACAUCGUACAGCAACUGAAUUAGAAACAAUUAGAACACCACAAGAAACAAUUAUUUGUCAAACUCCUUAUAAUGGUCAAGUUUCCAUUAAUGAUGAUGAUGAAAUAGAUCAAGAAAAUAAUCAAAUGAAUAGGCGUAAGAAGAGGCCAGGAUUAAGUCAAUCUUUAAUACCAAGCAAGAAAGUCUUAAAAAUGUACAAAGCACAACAAGCUAAAGCUAUUAGUAGGUAAAUGUAAUUAUAUCAUAUAUAUAUAAGUAAUGUUAACAUAUAAUUAGCUGCUCUGAAAUAGAAACAACUUUAAAACUCAAAUGAAUUCAUACAAAUGGAAUUGAUUAUAAGCUGCAUAAAAAGUAAUAAUCAAAAAGCAUUAAAAAGCUUUAUAAAAGAGCAAACUAAAAAAUUAAUCAUUUCUUUAUAUAUGAAUAAAAAAAUUUAAAAAAAUAAAUAAAUAAAAUGAAAUGAAAAUAUAUGCUUCCAAAUAAAAUUUUGCAGAGAACAAUAUACAUGCAGAUUAUGCCUAUUUCAAAAUUCAUGAAAAUUUCAAAAUUAUUUAAUAUUCAAUAUUUCUAAAAAAAAAAGUGUUCGUUAUGUAUAUAAAGAAUAGAAUUUAAUUGUAUAAUUAAUACUUCCAGGGACCUGUAUAAGUGAAUCAUAAUUCAUUAUGUCUUGCAUGCAAAUAGUUUUAUAAAUAUAUUUCUAUUUAUACUUGGUA